AAAACCUUCGACCAUACACUGUUUAGUUUUCUAUUCUGUAGGUUUUUUAAACGUAAGAACUCAACUUUGUUAGGUUUUUAUCUGUAGAAAGCAGGACAAUGAAUACAUCUGGCAUCCCAAAUUUUUUAUUCUUUUUGUUACUUCUCUAUAAUGUAGAGAUUGAAUGGGAGUUUUUUGAGUGUACGUGGAAGGGUAUAUAUCUGUGGAAUUGGGAAUGUGGAGGGGUGGGGCCCCAAGUCGAGGCCAGUGACAAUGGUAGGCUUUCUUGUAACAUUAAAAGGAGGAAAAAUGUUUGUGUGCCCGAAGAUAGACAUCUCCCUGUGGAUGGCAGAUCAAGGGCUGGGCCUGGAUGAAAGGAACACACUCCUGCAGUGUGCAAAUAUAAAUAUAGCCGGAGGGCGGGUUAGCUUUGGGAGAGGCCUGCCUUGCAGAGGAAGAAUGUGCAGGAUAUCGUGUGGGGGAGGAGAGUGUUUAACGGGAGGUGGCAUUCCAGAGUAAAAUGCCUGUCUGGUGCUGUUGAGGGCUGGACACAGCUUUGCGGUUGGAAAAGGGAGAUUUUUUUAGGGUACAUUUGGAGGGCGGUUGCUUUUAGUCUGAAGGGCUGGUUAAAGUAGUCCGAAAGGCUGUCUGGAGCAAGGAGAGCUGGCAAGGCUUUGCACGCAUGGCAGGCCGGGUUCUCCAGUUGCAUCAGGUGGCUGAAAAUGCAGAGAAUCCCCACCCCUUUAUGCAAAUACCUAGAAUGGCACCACAGGCUGAUGCAAGCCGCUAUGGAGCAGCAAUCCAGAAUGACAAUUGGCCCUCCCCUCCCUCCCUCGCCCAGCCAGCCAGCCACCCAGCCGUCUGAGCGGUUAAAGCUGCAGACUUCCUCCUGCCUGGACAGAGCGAACACUGCUGCGUAGCAUGGGCAGUGAGGAGGAGACAGCUCUGUUGCUGUUCAUGGAGUUCCCGGUCUGUGCCCCGGAGCAGCCUUGUUGCAGAGCCGCUCUUGGCAAGCUCCCAGUACAGAAUGGCUGUAGGUGGGGGGAAGGUGUCUGGACCACCCCGGCAACAGGGGUGGUCCAGAAAAGGAGCCAGAGAGGUGGGGCCGCACCCCACUCGGAAUGAAACACGGCACUUGGAGGACAUUGAUUUAAUUGACAUCCUGUGGAGACAGGAUAUUGACCUUGGAGCUGGGCGUGAGGUUUUUGACUACAGUCACCGCCAGAAAGAGAACGAAGUGGACAAAGAACCAAACAGCGGGGAGGAGUGUGGGGAUGGCUGGAGGAACAGAGGGGGCAACAUCGCUGACAGGGCCUUGCUAGUGGAUGGCGAGACAGGGGAGAGCUUCCCUGCACAGGUGCCUGGGGUUGAGGACCAAACGUCUUUGUCCUUGGAGGAGUGCCUUAGGCUGUUGGAGGCAACAUUUCCCUUUGGAGAGAAUUCGGAGUUUCCAGCUGCAGAUGCCCCCAGCCUAACGGAAGCGCUGCCUGGGGAGAACGGGCCCCCCGUUGUGCCAGAUGGGCUCCUGUCUCCGCUUCUGACUGAGACAGGGCUGCCCUUUGAUCUGGAGCAACAGUGGCAGGACCUCAUGUCUAUCAUGGAAACACAGGGUAUGGAGGUGAACAGCACAGCGGCUGCAGAGAACCUGUACAACAGCACAGGGGACCUCCUAACAGCCAACUACAGCCUUGCCCCAUCCACCCCCAUCAACCAGAAUGUUAGCCUGCAUCAGGCUUCCCUGGGCAGCUGUGGGCAAGACUUCCCUUCCCUGUUCCACUCCGAGAUUGAGAGCAUUUCUAUGUCUGGCAGUUCGGCUUUGUUGCAGCUGGUCCCUGACAACUCCACUGGUUUUAACACCACAUUUGGCUCUACCAACCUGAGUGGCAUCUUCUUUCCUCCUCAGUUGAACGCCACUGUUAAUGAAACAUCUGAAUCUGAACUCCCCGAUCCUCUUGGAGGACUUUUGGAUGAAGCCAUGUUAGACGAGAUCAGUUUGAUGGACUUGGCUAUUGAAGAAGGCUUCAACCCAGUGCAGGCCUCCCGCCUGGAAGAGGAGUUUGACUCCGACUCGGGGCUCUCUUUGGAUUCAAGCCACAGCCCCGCUUCUCUCAGCAGCUCAGAAGCUUCGUCGUCCUCAUCGUCCUCCUCUUCUUCUUCAGCCUCUUCCUCCUUUUCUGAGGAAGGUGCUGUGGGCUACAACUCAGACUCUGAAAAUGUGGAUUUCGAAGAUGCUGAAGGAGCUGUUGGGUAUCAGCCAGAAUACAACAAGUUCUGUCGGAUGAGCUACCAGAAUCCUUCUCAGCUGCAGUACCUGCCUUAUCUGGAGCAUGUGGGCCACAACCACACUUACAACAUGGUCCCCAGGACCUUAGAAGCCGAUGAGCCGGAGCCAGCCAGCAUGGGCAAGAAGAGCGCCAAGGACAAGCAGGCCGACUUUUUGGAUAAGCAGGUGAGCCGAGAUGAACACCGAGCCCGAGCCAUGAAGAUCCCCUUUUCCAAUGAGAAGAUCAUCAACUUGCCUGUGGAGGAAUUCAAUGAACUCCUGUCCAAAUACCAAUUAAGCGAAGCCCAGCUGAGUCUGAUUCGGGAUAUCAGGAGGCGGGGCAAGAACAAGAUGGCUGCUCAGAAUUGCCGUAAGAGAAAGCUGGACACUAUCCUCAACCUGGAACGGGAUGUGGAUGAUUUGCAGAGAGACAAGUCAAAGCUGCUCAGGGAGAAGGUGGAGUUCCUCAGGUCCAUCCGCCAGAUGAAGCAGAAGGUGCAGAGCCUUUACCAGGAAGUGUUUGGCCGCCUGCGUGAUGAGAAUGGCCAGCCCUAUUCCCCAAAUCAGUAUGCCCUCCAACACGCCAGCGAUGGCAGUGUUAUCCUAAUACCACGCUCCCUGGCUGAACAGCAGGGCCGGCGUCAAGAGAGGAAGCAGAAAGACAGGAGGAAGUGAGAGAUACUGAAGGUCAGCAAGAGAGUGCAGAACUUGCUGAAACUACAUCCUGGAGGAGGGCUGAGCCCAGAAGAAUUUGAAGGAACUUUCCUGCCUUCGUAUCCAAUAUAUCUUCUCAAACCAUGAUAGCUGCCAGUCAGUGUAUAGGAGCAGACUGCAGGGCGGGGGGCCUACACGUCUCGGGAGGCAGAAAAGCAAAGCAUGUUGGGAAAGACCUGUGCCCCCAGCAGCCUAGAACCCGUUGUUGAACGUUGUGGGAGGGGGGGGAACUAGCUGGCAUAAUAUGUGUGUGGGGAGGGGGGUGAGUUUCAGCAAAGGAUAGAAAAAUAUGAAUUGUUAAAGCUGGCUCUUGUUUCUAAGGAAAAAUUGGUUAACUGGAUUGAGCAGGCUUCAGAUUUUUUUCCUUUGAAUUCCAAAAUGUGGAUACUUCAGGUAGCUGGUUUUCUUAUUUUUUAGAACCAGUUUUGACAUCAGUUGUGUGCAGUUUGGAAACAUGAUUGAAUGCCAUGACUUCAUCCCUUCCUAGGUCUGUACUGACUGAGCUACUACAGGUGGACCCCUGACGUUGUUUAUUUUAAGAGGGAAGGGAGAUGCUUUCUUAACCCUUUCCAGUUUGAAGGACAGCAAGAUUCAAGGCGUAUAGCCUUUUGGGGGACUUUAGCAUCCGCCAUAUGUGUUUGGAAGGCGACUGGAGAGGGUUAACAAAUUGUCGUGGUGUUGUGUCUUCCCACCAACCCCUCUCCUCACCAAUUGAAAACUCACUAAGCAUGUCACUGCCCACAGUGAGGAGCUAGGCCACCAUCUAGAUGCAUUACCAGAUGGUGCAUGGUAAAACUGCAUGCUACAAUGCUGUCUUUUCCCACUGGUUGGCUUGGCGAGACUUGCUUUAGGUGACAAGGGAUAAACAGGUCAGGUGAAAAGGUUGCACCUUCACCUCGUUGGAGUUGCAAGGUGGGAGUCUGAUGGUUUGUGGUCAUUGCCACUUGGUCUACAGCACAAUGGGUUUUGUUCCCAUAAAGCGGGCAUGUUGUAUUGAGAGAAUAGCCAUCUGUGGCAUGCCCCUUUCUUAAUGGGCACUUUGACUUUAAUUAAUUUAUUAUUAUUAUUUUUUAGGAUUCUGUGCUCCUGUGUUCCUUCCCCUUUUCCCUGUAGGGCUGUAGGAUGAACUUGUAAUAUGCAUGUGAGAAGGAAGGGAGAGGAUCAAAGCUGCUGAUCGUUUUUUUCUGCCAUAAAAGACUCAAAAUGUGUUAACUGUGAUUCCACAGCUGGCUUCCCUUUUGUCCUUGGAUGUCAUUCCAACUUUUCCCUCCUCCCCCUCCUUUAAAAAAAAAAAGGCGAAGGGUGAGGGUAGUGCCUUGAACACAGCUGGCCUCAAGCUCCGAGGCCGUCCUCCUCGGAACUGUUCACUUGCAGUAUAGCACAGCUGGGAGUAUGACCGACCUUACCAGCAACUGAUGAUGAGUUAAUGGCUUUGGUUUUUCCCCCAGCCUGUUAGUCCUGUGUAUGUGAUGGCGUGUGAGAGCAGAGCACUGAGAUGGGCGUCCUCCAGCCAGUUGUGGGGGGCAUGAGGCUUUGCUUGUCCAGCAGAGGGCAAUUUUGUAGCCAGAUGUUCCAUAGAUCUUGCUUUCCGAAGGCCGCGAUUUCUUGAAGGGAAAAGCAUGUGGGUGGGUGGGGGAGUAAACCAUUGUUUGAUUCUCUUGCACCUCUGUUGCUCCUGUGAAUUGUCAGUGUGAAACUUGAAGCACAAAAUGUGUUGGAGCUGGAGCUGGUUGCUGGAUGGUUAGGAUGGAGCCCUGAUGUGUGCAUGUGUUAAUUUAUAUUUUCCUUUGAGGUUUUCCUUUGGGUGGUUUCAAUGACCUGUUAUGGAAAAGGAGAGAGAGAGAAAGAGAGAGAGAGAACGAGAGAGUGUGUGAGCACAGGACAAAAAUAAAAUGGCUUAUUCACUA